CAAACACAACCAUCAGCAGCUCAACACUCAAAACUUUCCCCAGCACAUCUCACAUUACUGGAGUUUAAAACGCCCCGCGUCAACACAGCGCGAUAUAACGGGAAUAUGUAACGCGAAUCAAUGACGAUGAAGGACUGGUGUCGUCUUCUACUCUUGGCUGGAAUUGCUGCUGUUUUGCAUGCAGCCGAAUGAGCACCCAUGCACACUAUGGCAACAAUCGGUCCAUGCUCAGAUGCAGAGGACCUGUUGGCUUCCAUCCACCUCGAGAGGUAUCUGGACCACUUCCGUCAGGCAGGCUUUCUCCUCGCCCGAGACUUCUGUCAUGUGGACAAUGUAGCUCUGAACAGGGUGGGAGUCACUGCCACCGGCCACAGGAAGCGUAUCCUCAAACUAGUCGAGCACAUUCAGCUGAUCUGUCAACAGCCCUCGCUAGAUCGCUGUAAUUCAGACUCUGCUAUUCACGAGGUGACCCCUGUCAAAGCGCAGCCUCAUUCUCCUUCAAGACGUCCUGGCAUCUCCUUAGAAGCCUUACGUAACAGCUCGGCCCCGAAUCUUUGUGCACAAGUGAAGCGCUCGUUCUCAGAGCGUAGCACCAGUGUCGUAAAGCCAGUACCAAAACCAAGAACUGUCUUCCACAGACUGAGAGCAGAGAAAAUUUCUUUACCAACACAACAUGAAGCGCAACCUCGCCAAAAGUCAUCUCAGGACUCACUUUUAAAAGUUGCAGAAGGUUUAUCCUCCAGUACAGACACUGUUGAAACAUCUACUGAAUCAAAAAAGGGCCAUUGUGAACCAGCUUUGAGUAAUACCACUUCAUUCCUAGAGACUAGUGAUCCGUUACCUCCAGUGCCCCCCAGGUUAAAUCGAGGAAUCCCCCCAUCCACAUUCAGGAGAAUGUCGGAGCAGGAGCGUCUGAGCACCCCACCCCUCUGCACCCCUCCUGACUCCCCCUCGAGUUAUCAGUGCUCUCCCUUCACUAACACACCUGGUUCACCUCCAAGUCCACCCUGCUCAGGGCUAGAGAUGGUCUCCAAUGAAAUCUACUGUGGCACUUUACCAGGCACUCCACGUGUGUUUUGGAGUCGCUCUGUACCCAUUCCCCCUCCACGCCAGGAGGUCAGCCCAUCCACUGAAAAUCAUAGCACUUUAGAAAAGUCCAACUCAACUGAAACACCUAAAAGAACGUCUGUAUCUGCUGAGGAUGAAGAUGAAAUGAUCAACCCGUACUGUGAAACUGUUUUCCACAGCAGGCGACACUAUCAACAUUCAGAGGUUGAGAGGACCAAAAGUGAGGAAAAGACAACAAAUAAUGAAGAUAAAAAAAGAGAACAUGGGCAGCACAAUCACUCUUGGCUCAAGCGUCUUGAUUCUCCAGGCUACUGCACUGUGGGUGAACCGUCCCCGGCCUCUCAUUCGUUCUCAGACGAGGACCACAUCAUCUCCCCCUACGCCAGCUUCACCUCGCUGUCCGAGCGGGCGGCACCCAUCCUCAGCGGCUGGCUGGACAAGCUUUCUCCUCAAGGAAACUACGUGUUCCAGAAACGAUAUGUGAAGUUUGAUGGGAGGAACUUGAUGUACUAUGCUAGUGAAAAGGAUGCUUAUCCCAAAGGUGUGAUUCCCUUAGCUGCCAUACAGAUGGCCCGCGUAGCCAAAGACAAUAAAUUUGAGGUUGUCACAAGUCACAGGACAUUUGUCUUCCGAGCUGAUAAUGAUGUUCAGAGGAGCAAAUGGUGCAGCACGUUGCAGGAGCGGGUCAAAGAACAGCUGGUUUUCGGCCGCCCACGUUUUGGCCCCGGCAAUCACUGCCAGAAGAUCGGCUUCCUGGAGCUCAAAGGAACCAAGUCUAAGAUCUACACAGCCAUUAUAAUGGAGCAGAUCUGGUUGUACAAGAGUGAACAGUGCUUUAAAAAUGGAAUUGGAAUUACUGUAAUUGAGGCCAGAGGUGCUACAAUUCGUGAUGGGAAGGGCAAGAGCUUUGAUCUCAUUACACCUUAUAAAACCUUCAGCUUUACGGCAGAGUCGGAGCGAGAGAAGAGGGACUGGAUGGAGGCCCUGCAGGAAUCUAUAGCGGAAACACUAUCUGAUUAUGAGGUGGCGGAGAAGAUCUGGUCCAACAGGUCCAACAAGAUCUGCGCAGACUGCAAAGCCAUCAAUCCGGACUGGGCAUCCAUCAAUCUCUGUGUGGUCAUCUGCAAGAACUGCGCAGGCCAGCAUCGAGGUCUCGGCACAAUGGUGUCGAAAGUGCAGAGUCUGAAACUAGACACCAGCGUGUGGAGCAAUGAGAUCGUCCAGCUCUUCAUAAUGCUUGGCAAUGAUAGAGCCAAUGAAUUUUGGGCAGCCAGACUUCCUGUGACUGAGGAGCUGGACUGUGACGCCUCCCCAGAGCAGCGGAAAGAGUUUAUCACCCACAAAUACAGAGAAGGCAGAUAUCGCCACCCUCAUCCCAGUUUUAGCACUCAAGAGGAACUUCUUAAGGCGCUGUGCACCGCUGUGACUGAGCAGAACCUACUGAAAACGGUCACUCAGAUUUUUGCGGAGGCUGAGGCCGCGCGACUCGCUGACACUAAUGGAAAUGAUAAGCGCGCAUCCCCGCAUUACUCAUACACACAGUCAGCAGAUUCCUGUGUCUAUGAUGAGAUCAUGCAGUCCAUCCUGUACUCCGGCUACCUCUACAAGUCAAGCUCCUUGAACAAAGGGACAUUAUCCCACAGAACCAGAGACGCAGAUUUUCAGAAGUACUGGUGUUCGGUGGAGAAGUCUAUUCUCUUCUAUGAGUCUGACAGAUGUCAUGAGCCCAGUAUGAAGAUCGAUGUGAAAGACAUCAUCUGUUUAGGAGUUAGCAGGCCAGACUCCAGCAACAACAGCGGCUUUAUUGACAAAUUUCGAUACACAUUUGAACUUUACCUAACAUCUGAUAAGCUGAUCCAGUUUGGCUUGGAGACUCCAGAUGCGUUGCACAGUUGGGCGAGAGCAAUAGGGAAGGCCACCACCCCUCUCAGCUGUCACUGCCUGCUGGCGCGAGAGUUCGAGCGAGUGGGCGUACUGCGCUACAAGGCCAUGCUAGACCCACAGCAGUGGAAAGAAGGCUUCUUUGUUCUGCAGAAGUCCAACCUGUUCAUAUGCCCUGGAAAUGAUGGAGCCGCAGAGGAUAUUAUAAACCUGAAACGCCUACAGGAGCUCAGCAUUGCAUCGGAAACAGAGAACCAUGAGAAGAAGGACAUCCUGGUUCUUGUUGAGAAAGGAAGGACUCUGCAUCUGCAGGGCAUGGGCAGGACCGAUUUCUCCCUGUGGUACACAGACAUUCAGAAGGCAGCAGGAGGGAAUGGGAACACCCUGAAAGACCAGCAGCUCAGCAGAAAUGACAUCCCCAUCAUCGUUGACAGCUGCAUUGCCUUUAUAACUCAGUAUGGUCUAGGCCAUGAGGGUAUAUACAGGAAAAAUGGUGCGAAGUCCAGAAUCAAGCUUUUGAUGGAGGAGUUUCGUAAGGAUGCCCGCAAUGUGAAACUCCGUAUUGGAGAUAACUUCAUAGAGGACGUGACGGAUGUACUGAAAAGGUUCUUUCGGGAGAUUGAUGAUCCCAUAUUCAUGGCUGAUCUCCACCCCUUCUGGAGGGAAGCUGCCAAGAUACCUCAAAAGCCCCAGCGUUUGGACCGAUACAAAGAGCUGAUUCGAGGGUUACCUCGGGUCAACAGAACGACCUUAGCAGCUCUCAUCAGUCAUCUCUACAGGGUGCAGAAGUGUGCUGAUCUCAAUUGUGUGUCUCCCACAAUGUGUGCUGAGGAGCUGACCAAUCAGGUGCUGUAUAUGAGAAAUAUUCCUGCAGGGGAAAAAGACGUGUGGAUGACCUUUGAGGCCAUCGAGGAAGGAGAGCUUGAGCGACCUCUUCACCCUAAAGAGAAGGUUCUGGAACAAGCGCUACAGUGGUGUAAAAUGGCCAAUCCCAGCUCAGCGUAUCUGGUGGUGAAGAAGGUGCCUAGAGGAGAAGCUAUAGACAUUUUCACAGCCUAUAAGAGUGCGAUGGUGAAGUCUGGAGUGCUGAAGUGUCGGGAAGAGCCGCCCAAGCUCUUGCAAGGAAACAAAUUCCAGGAACGAUCUUUCCAAAUUAAAGACCACAGAUUGUUCCUGAUGAAGGACAAAAAAAGCAACAAACCUGAGAAAGAGUGGCAACUGAAAACCUUGAAGAUUUACAUGGGGAUCAGAAAGAAGUUAAAACCACCAACAAAAUGGGGAUUAACAGUGAUGCUGGAUAAACAGCAAUUGUACCUCAGCUGUUCCUGUGAGACUGAAUUAUGGGACUGGAUGACUAAUUUACUAAAAGCACAGAAUGAUGAUUUGCGCCCACCUGUGAUGAGACGGCACUCUUCCUCUGACAUUUCCAAGCAGAAGUUUGGCACCAUGCCGCUAGUGCCCAUCAGAGGAGAGGAGAGCAAUACCAACUCCACCAUGCUCUCUGCCAAUCAGACUCUGAGAAAGCUCCACACGAGAAGGGCUCUCUCAAUGUUCUUUCCCAUGAAGGUGCAGCAGGACUCGUUUGAGGAGCACAUUGAAAGCUCAGAGCCUUUGUAUGAGGAGGUGGGCGACUUCGGUCUGCAGGUGCUCAAAUCUUUGGAAACUAGUUUCCUGUCCAGUGCUCACACAGAGACACAGGAGGUGCCAGCACGGCCCGUCAGCCUCGGACAGAGGAAGGCCGUCUCCCUGGAUCGCAUGGUUGGGUCAAACCCUGUGCACGCUCUCUUAUCCUCAGGCGAGUCAAUAGACACUCUGGGUCAGGAGGAGCCCACAGACUCUCUGCAUGUCCCACGUAGGCACAGGUCACACAGAUCAUGCAGCCCCCAACAGGAACUGCUGUUACAGGAACUCUCCACGAUGUUCUGCAAGAAACCAGAGUCUGAAGAGCAGCAUGAGAACCUCACCUGAGCUUAGAGGCGAGGUUAAUAAUAGCUGUUAUUAAAUUGCCAUGUGUGUCUGUUUGAAAUUGGCUAGUAAGAAUCCAGUAUUAAAUUGAUAAUUUUAUUAACAU